AUGUUAAUCAUAUUGGAUCAGUAGUCGGGAUAUCACUCAGGAGAGAUCAGCUUGGCUUACAGGGAGCCAGGUUAAUGAAGUGAACGUUGGAUUACAUUACUUUUGGGAUUAUGGCAUAUAAACCUGAAAUAGGAAUGAAUGUAACGGCAGCUGAUAUCAACGUCUUUAUCGUCCCAGCGACUAUCAUUUUUAUGAUGACACCUAUCGGUCUUAUUGGAAAUGGUCUGGUGCUGGCCUCUGUUUUUCUUUCAGCAAAACUCCGAACAAAAACGAAUGUUUUCAUCGUCAGCCUAGCAUUAACUGAUCUUCUUAACUGUGUCUUCUUCCCAGUCCAAGCCCUUUCUCUUUUGAGCGAGAAUGGAUCCAAUUUGGGCCUACAACACCUCUGUGCAACUUCCGCUGCCAUCGUGAUCUUUACGGUGAUAGCAAGCAUUAAUAAUAUGGCGCUGAUCGCCGUGAAUAGAUGGAUAAAAAUAACGCGAUCUAGUACAACAUACAGUCGAAUUUAUAGUCGAAGAAACAUGUUUUUUAUGAUUCUUGUUUCCUGGACCAUUCCUGUGUGUAUUUUCACGGUGCCACAAUUGACAGGCACUGGGCAGUUGGGCUACUCGUCAUCGUUUAAGGUCUGUCUUUGGAAAGAUGAUACAGUAUCUUACGAAUAUAUGAUCACAACUAUGGCCGUCCCGAGCUUCAUUGCCGCCGUAACAUUCCUAGGUACCUAUAUCGACAUUGGCUUGUUUAUAUGGAAAAGGAAACAUCGGCUUCAGCAAAGUCGGGCAAAGGAAAUCAUGGUCACCAAAACUGUUGGGAUUAUCGUGUGCAUGUUCUUCUUGUGCAUUGUGGCUUUCGCAAUCUGCGUCACCAUCAGACUUGAUCCGAUUCCUCUAACAUUUUCUUCGGUGUUAGUCCUUGCCAGUUCGAUCGUAAACCCUUUUGUUUAUGCUUUCAAACAGUCGAUAUUUCGUCAGACGUUUCUAUGUGUCAUAAAAUGUCAUUUUGGAGAUGUACCUGAUCCGUCUCGUGAGCUAAGAAACCUUUUGCGUCGUCGCUAACAUGAGUAAGAAGAUAAUUUGCAAACCCUACGAUGCUCGCCAACUGAAGUCAACUGGUUUCAUCAAAGACAUUUCAGAACAAUGAUUAAGAUGACCUACAAAAAUGAAAAAGUGGAUUCAGUACUGAACCGUCACUCAAGGGUGACCCGUCGCCAUGGUCGCUUCGUGUCAGUACUGCCACGAUUACAAUCAUAUUUCUGAUGGAUUAAAAAAAAACACUUAUUUUUGUUUUUGGAGACUUUCUGAGGGGGUAGUCCUCAAGAAUGAGACUUGAAGUACAUCUGAGCUUUAUUCUUACAAACAAGAUGAGGUACCUCAUAAGCUCUAACAAAUAACCUGGGCGGGAAGAGUGGGCUUAAAUUUUAAUUGUAUUUGAUGUAUUUAAAAUGGAAAUCGAACAUUUUAAGCAGUUUCUGUCAUGAACAAAAUGAGUAUUUGCAAACUUUGGACCACUAAAGCAAAAUACCUAUGGGGUGUGCAAAAAAACUUGCGAUCACUCGCAAGUCAAAUUUUGGUCCCUAAAUCAAUCAUAUGUCUUGCAGUUAAUUGCAAAUUAGUG